CCACUUUGGGUUAUCUCAUGGUUCACACCCACGGAAGAAGAGCCACCAACCAAUGUCUGCUAUUGGCUAAAAGAAAUGUCAAUGUGAAUUUACGUAAUUCUAUUGGUUAACGCACACUCACGAAGGCGGUCCUUGUCCAAAGGACUCAACUCUUCGCUGCAAAGCAAGGAAGAGGCGUCACACGAGACAUAAACCCUUAACCUGGUUGUUCAAGUUCCAUGAGUCACCUUUAACUUUUCACCCAUCCCGUCUGCUUCUAUUUGGUCGGGCAGCAAUAUGGCAAACAUUGGCAGGCUCUCCACCAAGGAUGCUGUGCUCUUCCUGUGCGACAUGCAGGAGAAGUUCAGACCCAACAUCUUCCAGUUCACCAACAUCGUCAGCAACGCAGCCAGACUUCUCCAGGCCAGCCGAGUUCUGAACAUCCCCUCUAUUUUGACAGAGCAGUACCCAAAAGGCUUGGGACCAACUGUUCCAGAGCUGGGAGCUGAAGGCUUGACAGCUCAUCCAAAAACCUCCUUCACCAUGAUCAUAGAGGAGGUGGAGAAGGAGUUACAGGCCCUAGGAAACCCGAAACAAGCUAUUCUGUGCGGAAUAGAGGCACACGCCUGUAUAGCAUGUACGACAUUUGACCUGCUUGAGAAGGGAAUAGAGGUCCAUAUCGUGGCUGAUGCCGUUUCCUCCAGAAGUCAGACGGAUCGCUUGUUUGCUCUGUCCCGGCUGAAGCAAAGCGGAGCUUACCUCACCACCACAGAGGCUGUUCUGCUGCAGCUGGUUCAAGGUGCCAAGCACCCCAAUUUUAAAGAGAUCCAGAAGCUCAUGACCCACCCGUCUCCAGACACGGGCCUCCUUGCCUUCUUCAGUGCUCUGUAGAAGAAUCCCCUCAUCAUCACCUCUCAGUUACCAUCACACUGAUAAAAUGUGCACGUUAAUAAAGUGAUUAUUUUAUUUGGAA